AUGUCCGGGGGCAACGCCCAGUCCGUUGGAAGACCCGGGGACAAUGCCCAAAUUUGGGGGAAACUGGGGGCAAUGCCCAGUCGCUCUCCUGGACGCGGGAGAAGCACUGCCCACGUCCUGGCGGGACAAGUGUGUUGGGGGAACACAAAUCUCCCGAACCCGAGCAGCUCGGGGGCUUUUGUAGGAGAGGAACAGAGGUCCGAAACUCGUGCCCCGCUGCGCGCGGGGCUGCGGGCGGGCCGGGAACAAUGCCCAAAUAUCGGGAACGCAGGUCAGAGCUCCGUCUGGUUUGCGGCCCAGAGCCCCAACAGCCCGACGGGCGCCCUCCCGGGGGGGACGCGGGCGCAGGCAGGGAGCGCCGGGGACCCUGAGGCGCGCGCCCCGGAAGGAAUAUUGCUUCUCUCCCGUUUGCCUUCUGGCCCAGGGAGCGCGCGUGCGGCCGCGGCGCGGCGGAUCGGGCGUCGGGAGGAAGGGAGGAAGCCGCGAGCGGCGAGGGCGCGCCUUGGGCGCGGCUCCUCGGCGCUCCCGGGGCUCCGGGCUCCCCGCUCGGCCGCCUCCGAGGACGGCCCCGCGCUCCCCGCCGCCGCCGCGCCCCACGCGCUCCCGCGCUGCGAGCCUAGGCGAAGCCGCGGCCGGGCGGCCGCCGCGGGCAGGCUCGUCCCCGGCUCGGCUUGGGGGCCCUGGAGCACCCCAGACGGCCACCCCCGCGCGCCGGGGCGCUCCGCGGGCGCCGCUCCGGCCUUUCCCGGUCCCCAAACGAGGGCGAAACCCAUUCGCUUGGGCGCUGGCCCUGGAGAAGCCUCUGCCCGGUGCUUGGAGACGUGCCCUUGCAGCUUCUGCCUGGACCUUGGAGGGCACCCUCUGCUGAGACCCAGGCUGCGCUCUGAGCUCCAGGAGGGAUGCCGGUGUCAACCCCAAGCUGCAAGCAAGGGACCGGGGACCCAGCCGGAACCUCCAGGACCCAACAGCACGAGCUACCCAGGGCACAAGGCACCACAGGCCGCAGAUCAAUAAACCAAAAGCCAAAAAAAGCUCCCUUCCAAGGACGGCUGUGGAGCCCAGACUGCAGGGGGCUUACUGCCCCCACACCUGAGCCACCAAGGACAGGCAGGCACCAGGAGCAGACCCCUGAAUCACAGAUGUCUGUGGUGCGGCUCUGAAUACACCCAGCUUCCCUGGGCCUGGAGGGAGAGGGGCUCCGUGAACUGAAGGAAGCCAGGCCCUGGCACAGACUCUGACACUUGGAAAGCUGAACCAGCGGACACCUCUGCGCGGCCCUGGGAGCCUGACGACACUCACCUCUGUGGGGCUGGGGCUGGGGCUGGGGCUGGCCGAGGGCCUCAG